CCUCCACACCUUCGACCACCUGCCCAAAUAAAAGAGCACCCAUUUUUACCCAUUUAAUCUGUGGGGCGAGGCGGGAAAAGGGUGAAUAAUGGGUGAAAUAGGCGUGUGAAGAGUGCCAACGUAGCAGCCUGGUUAUCCUGGUGGCCAUACAGACGCACCGAGACACAGGGUGAGAGAAGGCCGUCAUGUCUCUGCGGGGUCAGAAUGAUGACCAGGAGCUAAGUAUGGACCUGCAGUUCCAAGACUUUGGGGACACACGGACACAGCCUGUUGGGGGAGCGGCGGGUGGAGGAGGCGGAGGCAAGCAUGAGCAGACCAUCCACUUCUCAGAGUUCCCCGACACAGCUGAGGAGGAGACGGAGCAUGACACGAUGCCACACAGGGUAAAAAGACACAAAACAGAGAGUGCCACGCUACCCACCACGGCACUGACAGCCCCCCAAGUGAAGGUGAGGGCCGUGCUGGCGGACUGGGUGAAGGGGGAGCCGGCCCUCACCCACAUAGCGGCCCUCAGGAUCAAGGAGAAGAGACACACAUCCCUGGCGGUGAAGCAGCUGUCCCUUGCCCUCCCCGUCCCUGCCCUGACGCACCUUAAAAGAGUACGUCGGGUACCUAGAGACGAGGUGGCACGACUUGGCAUGACCACCGAGGACUUACCGAACCAGGACGCAAUGUUGAUCUACCUGACCUUCGCCGAGACCUUAAACAUCCCUGUCCUGGAGUCACACGAAAAUGUCACAUCCUUGGACGAUACGGAGGUGAAUCGUGUGUUUUCCUGCCUUGAGGAUAUGCGCGUCGACACCCAGUACUACACGCGUGACGUAUAUGUGUGUAGGGCGCCGCGUCACCCACCGAAACUACGCGAAAUGUACGAAAAAGUCACGAUUCUCUGGCCGUGUGUGUUCCAUGAGGACGCGUACCUCACACGACUUGCAUCUGACACAUUCUUCACCUCUGAGGAAAUCGACGACAUUGCACGACAUAUGAACCGAGCGAUAGAGGCCGGGCGACAGGCUAAUGCGUCCGGGAACCCGUCAAUUGGGUGUGUUGUUGUGGAUGGGGGUAGCGGAGUGGUGGUUAGCGUGGCGGGGGAUAGGAGGCUGUUGCACCCACUCCAGCAUGCGGUGAUGGUGGCGGUGGAUGAGGUCGCAGCGCUGCAGGGCGGAGGAGUGUGGACGCUGGAGGUAAACAAACAGAGAGAGGAAAUGGAGGAAGGAAACAGCUCUGGGAAAAUUGAAAACAAGCAAAAAUUAACACAUACAGACAAAGGAGAGGAAGGAAAGAGCACAGGAAAUACAGAAAAGAAGCAAGAAUUAUCAGAUACAGAUGUAGGAAAGGUAGAGGAGCAAGGAAACAGCUCUGGGAAAAUUGAAAACAAGCAAGAAAUGACACAUACAGAUAUAGGAGAGGAAAAAGAGGAAAGAAUGAGCACAGGAAAUACAGAAAAGAAGCAAGAAUUAUCAGAUACAGAUGUAGGAAAGGUAGAGGAGGAAGGAAACAGCUCUGGGAAAAUUGAAAACAAGCAAGAAACCACACACACAAAUUGGAGAGAGGAUGAACAGGAAAGAAACAGCUCUGGGAAAACAGAGACCAAGGAAGAAUUGACACUUACAGAAGACAAACAGAAGAAAACCAACCCUCGGAAAACAGAAAAACAGGAAGAAAACAGAAACACCAAAACAGGAAAACAGGAAAAACAAGAAAACACCAAUAUGGAAACAGAGACCAAGGAAGAAUUGACACCUACAGAAGACAAACAGAUGAAAACCAACCCUCGGAAAAUAGAAAAACAGGGAAAACAGGAAGAAAACAGAAACACCAAAACAGGAAAACAGGAAGAAAACACCAAUAUGGAAACAGAGACCAAGGAAGAAUUGACACUUACAGAAGACAAACAGAAGAAAAACAACCCUCGGAAAACAGAAAAACAGGAAAAACAAGAGAAGAACAGGAAUUAUACCACUUCAAAAUCACCCACCACCACCACCACCACCUCUACCACCACCACCACCACCAGCAGCUCCUACAUAUGCACUGGUUGUGACGUAUACCUGACGCAUGAGCCGUGUAUGAUGUGCGCCAUGGCUUUGCUUCACUCCAGGGUGCGACGAGUGUUCUACCUCAUCCCGGAUCCUCAUCUCGGCGCGCUCGGCUCACGGACGCGACUGCACACGCUCCCUGGCAUCAACCAUCGCUAUGAGGUGUUUGUGGUUACGGCGGAGUGAUGUGGAGGGGAGAGAGAGCGAUUGUGGAGUUUUUUUUUAUUUGUUUUAUUUUUCUACGGCAAUGGAGGCAGGUCAAGGGAAUUAAGGAAAAACGUCAACAAAAAGAGUGAUAUUCGCUGGUCCUUGACAGAGAAAAAAAAAAAAGUAAGAGGAGAGGUUUUGUAAGGGACACUUGAGUUUUAGAAUUUGUUAAGCUAUGCCAUAUAAAUUCCAUGAUCGCCACUUGUCAACUCAUUUGUGUUAGCUUCGAAAUAAACUGCCUUUCAGACCUCAUA